AUGAAUUAUGAUUCUCUUGCGAACAGCUGCUCAUCAGGGACUCCUUCUUUUGUUUCGAUAGCGGUUGGUAAUUUUGACAACUGUGCGGUAACUUCCAGUUGUUCAGGAAGUGCUGCUCCAUACACGGGAACUAAGUGCAGUUCUGUUUCUUCUUACAAAACCGAUCUUGUUACUGCAUUUGGUGUGAACCCUUAUGUGAUUGUAGAGAAGUAUACUGCUGGGCAAUUUUGUGGUGCUGGUUAUCUGUCCAGUAUCAUGGUGUACCUAGCGGACGGCAAGUGUCACAAGAUCAGUGGGUCUAGUUACCGCGCUACGCGGAAGCUCGACGGUACAGCGACCGUUCAGUCUUACUCGGACGGAACUUGUAGCGUUUCUAGCACCUUGUUUUCGGUAAGUGCUGCAGAAUCGGCCAAUUCUUGCGCAUCAAACAGUAAUGGUAUCGUUGACACCAAAGUAUUUGGCGAGAACGCGACUCCGUUGUACUUGACUUCCACGUUAAAUUAUGAUUCAAGUACCUUGAAUUGUGUAUCCGGAGUUCCAUCAUUUGUUGAGACGGCGGUUUCAAUUGUCGACACAACUUGUACUACUACCUCGAGCUGCACUGGCAGCAGUGCUCCUUUCACGGGUACCAAAUGUAGUCUUGUCUCCACAUACCAAAGCGACAUGGCGGCUGCGUUUGGUUCGACCCCGUAUGUGACCAUCGAGCAAUAUAACAACGGACAAGUAUGUGCUUCAAAAGAGCUUUCUGGUAUCAAGACAUAUCUGGCAGACGGAAAGUGCCAUAAAAGCAGUGGGGCAGCGAGCUACCGUGCCUCAAGGAAGCUGGACAAUUCUGCGAUCGUCCAAAAAUUUACUGAUGUCGCGUGUACCGUGGCAGGUACAACGAUCACAGUGACAGCGAGCGCGGGUACUCAACACACGUGCGUAUCGGACACUAAAGCCUACGGAGUAGGUUCAACUCCUUUAUACUUGACAUCGACGAUGAAUUACGAUACAUCUGCCAAUACUUGCAACUCGGGGGUUCCCUCUCAAGUUUCAACGGCAAUUUCUGCCUUUGACACCUGUACACCGACCUCAAGUUGUUCGGGGAGUUCUGCGCCGUACACUGGUACCAAAUGUAAUUCUGUAUCUUCUUAUCAAGCGGACAUGGCAGCUGCAUUUGGCGUAAAUGCGUAUCUUAUUGUAGAGAAGUACACGGCUGGACAAGCUUGUGCCGCCGACCAGCUAGCAAGUAUCACGACUUACCUGGCAGACGGCAAGUGUCACAAGACUAGUCCAACUACCAGCUAUCGUGCGACACGUAAUCUUAAUGGUGCGGCGACAAUCCAACCCUAUUUGGAUGGAACGUGUACUAACGCAGGAUCGUUGAUGACCGUGACGGUCGCGCAACUGACUAAUUCGUGUGCUUCGGAUAGUAACGGAUUUGUUGACACUAAAGUCUAUGGAUUUGGAAUGACUCCGCUUUACUUUACAUCAACGAUGAAUUAUGAUUCAACUGGAAAUUCAUGCAAGUCACCCGCCAUCCCGUCGUUUGUGUCAUCGGCCGUUGUUGCUGUGGAUACAUGUACAGUAUCAACAACUUGUACUGGCCAAGCUGCUCCCUACACGGGAACUACGUGUAGCUCUUCAAUGACGUACAAGGCCGAUAUGGAUGCUACGUUUGGUGUAAAUCCGUAUAUCAUCGUAGAAAAGUACACUGCCGGCCAAUCAUGUGCUGCUGAUAAGCUUGCAAGCAUUUCGACGUAUCUGGCAGAUGGUAAAUGCCACAAGACCAGUUCAGCUACCAGUUAUCGUGCAACGAGGAAGGUGGACGGUUCGGCGACCAUCCAACCAUAUUUGGAUUCAACGUGUACAUCUGCUGACACUCUUGUAACUAUUACGGUUGCACAGCUAACAAACUCAUGUGCCGCGGACGUCAAUGGAAUUGCUAAUACGAAGGUAUACGGUUUUGGUGCUACCCCUCUCUAUCUUACUUCCACGAUGAAUUACGAUACGAAAGAUGACGCGUGCAAAUCGCCUGGAGUUCCAUCGUUUGUCAAGUCAGCAAUUGUUGCUGUAGAUGUGUGUUCGGCUUCAACAGCGUGCACUGGUCAAUCUGCUCCAUACACAGGAACGACUUGUAGCUCAAAGUUGACGUUUAAGAGUGACAUGGAUGCUGCGUUCGGUGUGAAUCCUUAUGUGAUUGUGGAGAAAUAUGACGCUGGACAAGCCUGCGCUGCAGAUAAAUUGAGUGAAAUCUCGACAUAUUUGGCGGAUGGGAAAUGCCACAAAAUGGGAUUGACGACAAGUUACCGCGCGACGCGAAAUUUGGAUGGCUCAGCUACUAUCCAGCCGUUUACAGAUGCAACGUGUACUGCCGCUGGUACACUCAUGACCAUAUCGGUCGCGCAACUAUCUAACUCGUGCUCCGCGGGUGCUAAUGGCUUUGCUGACUUGAAGGUGUUUGGUUCUGGAGUCACUCCGCUCUACUUAACCUCAACAAUGAGCUACGAUUCGAACGAAAAGUCUUGCACAUCAGGAGUUCCAUUUCUGGUAUCAUCGGCUAUCGUCGCCGUCGAUAUUUGCUCGCCAACGACAGCGUGUACUGGCCAAGCUUCAUCAUAUACUGGAAAAAAAUGUAGUUCAACGCUGACAUUCAAAGCUGAUAUGGAUGCAGCUUUUGGUAAAUAUCCAUAUGUGGUUGUCGAACAGUAUACUUCUGGUCAGGCUUGUGCCGCUGACAAAUUGACUGGCAUCACGACUUAUCUAGCUGAUAACAAAUGCUACAAAACGAGUUCAGCUACUAGUUAUCGUGCGACUCAAAAAGUCGACGGCACUGCGACUGUUCAACAAUAUUUGGACGCUUCGUGUGGUAGUGCAGGCACCCUGUUGACCAUAUCGAAUGCUCAGAAAAAUACUUGUGCUACUGGUGGAAGCUCUGACUUGAAAGUGUAUGGCGGCGGUCUGACACCUCUGUAUAUUUCGUCCACGGUAUUAUACGAAACAAACUCUAAAUCGUGCAAAUCGGGCCUACCGUCGUUAGUCAAGUCAGCUAUAGUAGCUGUCGAUUCCUGUACGGCAUCUACGGCUUGCUUGGGCCAGGCUGUGCCAUACACUGGAACUUCGUGCAGCUCCACACUAACGUACAAAGACGAUAUGGAUCUUGCAUUUGGCAAGAACCCUUAUGUGAUAGUUGAGAAGUAUGUCGCUGGGCAAUCUUGUGCCGUAGACAAACUGUCUGGAUUAACGACAUAUCUAGCGGAUGCUAAGUGUCACAAGUCAGAUACAGGAAAAAGCUACCGUGCUUCCUUUUCUAAAGAUGGCACAGCGUCUAUCCAAGAAUUUACUGACACUCAAUGUAACACUGCGGGGCCAUUGCUAAGUGUGACAGCCUCGCAAACGGCAAAUUCGUGUACAACGGGCUCAACUGGUAUUGCUGAUACUAAAGUGUUUUAUGGCGGUUCCGCAACGCCUCUUUAUCUUUCUUUGACGAUGAAGUACGAUACGGACUCCGAUUCGUGCAAAUCCGGUGUUCCAUCGUCGGCGACAGCAGCUGUGGUUGCUGUUGAUACGUGCGUAGCCACCACCUCGUGUACGGGUCAAUCUGCUCCUUACACUGGAACUUCGUGCAGCUCAAUGCUGACAAUUAAGGAUGAUAUGGACGCUGCGUUUGGCAAUUAUCCAUAUGUGUAUCUUGAAAAGUACACUGUUGGACAAACGUGUGCUGCUGACAAGUUGACUAGCAUCCUCGUGUACUUAGCGGAUGGUAAAUGUCACAAGACUGACUCGACGACGAGUUAUCGCGCGACACGAAAUGCCGAUGGUUCAGCAAUCAUUCAAUCUUUCACAGACGCUUCAUGCGGAGCGACCGGGACAACGUUGACUGUGACAACUGCUCAAUUAGCAAACUCAUGUGCUGCGGACUCAAAUGGUUUCGCCGAUAUGAAAGUGCGUGGUGCCGGCACGACUCCUCUAUACUUGACCUCUUCUGUAAAUUACGAAACGAAUGGCGACUCAUGCAAGUCGGGUCUUCCAUCAUUGGUAACAUCAACUAUUGUCGGCGUCGAUGCUUGUUCACCGACAACCGUUUGCACCGGACAGGACCCAUUUGUUGGAACAUCAUGUAGUUCAACUCUGACGCACAAGCCAAACAUGGCCAUUGCGUUUGGCUUAAACCCGUAUGUGAUCGUAGAGAAAUACGUUCCAGGCCAGACAUGUAGCCCAGAUAAGCUUUCUUCAAUCACAACAUACUUGGCUGACGGCAAGUGUCAUAAAAUUGAUACGACCAGCAGUUAUCGCGCCACGCGAAAAGAGGAUGGCUCGGCGUCUGUUCAAGAGUACACAGGUCCUUCUUGUACUACAGCAGGAAAUCUGCUAAGUGUAUCGGUUGCUCAGUUAGCAAACUCGUGUGCUGCAGAUGCGAACGGUUUUGCCGACAAAAAAGUGUAUGGUUUCGGUGUAACUCCUCUGUAUCUUACGUCGACAAUGAACUACGAGACGAAUGUUAAUUCGUGCAAGUCAGGGCUACCGUCUCUGAUUAAUAUAGCAGUUGGAGCUAUCGAUGUGUGCGUGCCAACGACCUCUUGUUCGAAUUCAGCUGCGCCUUUUACUGGAAAGGCCUGCAGUACAUCUUUGACUUAUAAGGAUGAUGUUGCAAACGCUUUCGGUCCAAAUCCAAAUGUGAUUAUUGAAAAGUACAAUGCUGGGAAAGCUUGUGCUGCAGGGGAGCUGUCUAGCAUCGUGGCAUACUUGGCGGACGGGAAGUGCCACAAGCUGGACGCGUCGACCAGUUAUCGCGCAACUCGAAAGGCUGAUGGCUCCGCUUCUGUUCAGGAAUACACGGAUGCAUCAUGCAGUACAGCAGGAGCGUUAACGACUAUCACGGCUGCGCAGACGGCAAACUCUUGUGCGGCCAAUGCGAACGGAAUUGUCGAUAAAAAGGUGUUUGGUGGCGGUGUCACUCCUUUAUACUUUACAUCUACAGUAAACUACGAAUCAAGUGCAAACUCGUGCAAGUCGGGGCUACCGUCUUUGGUGAAUACUGCAAUUGGCACUUUGGAUGUAUGCGUGCCAUCCACCACUUGUUUAACUCAAGCUGCCCCGUUUACUGGAAAGUCUUGCAGCUCGUCUCUGUCGUUCAGAGAUGAUAUGGCUGCAACGUUUGGCUCGAAUCCUUACGUGAUUGUUGAAACGUACAACAGCGGCAAGUCGUGUGCACUAGGAGAGUUGUCUGGCAUCUUGACAUACUUGGCAGAUGGCAAAUGCCACAAGACUGACUCGACGACUAGUUACCGUGCCACACGAAAAGCGGAUGGAUCAGUUACCAUUCAGGAUUACACUGAUGUAUCUUGCGGAAUCGCAGGAGCGCUGUUGACCGUCACAUCUGCUCAGACCGCGAACUCGUGCGCGUCCAAUGUCAACGGUAUCCCUGAUAAAAAAGUAUUUGGAGUGGGUACAACGCCGCUGUACUUUACGUCUACAGUCAGCUACGAGGCGAGUACCAAUGCAUGCUCGUCCGGGACACCAUCAUAUGUCGCUACCGCAGUUUCAUUAACUGACGUUUGUACUGCGACUACCGCCUGUACCGGUCAAGCCGCUCCUUUCAAGGGAACGAGUUGUAGCACGGUAUCUUCAUUUAAGAAGGAUAUUGACACUUCUUUCGGUUCAAACCCGUAUUUGACAGUGAAGAAGUACAAUGGUGGGAAAAAGUGUGCAGCUGCAGAGUUGGCAAGCAUUGCGACGUAUUUGGCUGACGGAAAAUGCCAUGUUAGUGGCAGCUCUGCGAGCUACGCAGCAACGCGGUCUGCGGAUGGAUCCGCAGUGGUUCAGCUGUAUACCGAUUUAUUGUGUGGUGUAGCAGGAACACGUUUAACGGUGAGCGCGACCCAGACAGCAAACUCGUGUGCACCAGACAUUAAUGGCAUUGUAGACACAAAGGUGUACGGCAGCGGAAUUACUGAUACGGUAUAUUCAUCCAAAUUACUCUUUGACGCAAACACGAACAACUGUGUGUCAGGAAUACCUUCUCAAGUUGUGACGGUAAAAGGAGGUGCAAGCACUUGUUUGACGUCCACAACUUGUUCCGGUCAAGCCGCACCGUAUUUAGCUUCGAGUUGUGGCUCCACGCUAACCUACCAGGACGAUAUGGCUGAUGUGUUUGGUGCAUAUCCAUACGUGAUUGUAGAGAAAUAUGCCGCCGGACAACUUUGUGCUACCGACAAGCUGACAGGUAUCAAGACGUAUCUAGCGGAUGGAAUGUGCCAUAAGACUGAUUCGACGUCAAGCUACCGCGCUAAUCGGAAAGCGGAUGGAUCUGCGAGCGUUCAAGAAUUCACUGGGGCUGCAUGUGGCACUGCAGGCGCAACUUUGACUGUUACGGCUGCACAGACAGCCAACUCGUGCACUGCUGGCAACACUGGCAUCGUCGACACGAAAGUUUAUGGCGGCGGAUCGACUCCGCUAUAUUUGUCCUCAGUGUCAAACUAUGACGUAAAUACGAAAUCGUGCAAAUCGGGGCUACCGUCACUUGUGAAGUCAACUGUGGUUGCUGUGGAUACCUGUACAGCGUCAACAAGCUGCACUGGACAGGCUGCCCCAUACGCGGGAACGUCAUGUAGCUCCACGCUCACUUACAAGGACACUGUUGCUUCUGCAUUUGGCACAAAUCCUUACGUGAUUCUUGAGAAGUAUACGUCUGGACAAUCUUGUGCUGCUGAUGCUUUGGUUAGCAUCACGACAUAUUUGGCGGACGGCAAAUGUCACAAAACGGAUUCUACUACUAGUUACCGCGCCUCGCGAAAGUCUGAUAAUUCAGCUAUCAUUCAGGCAUACACGGAUGCUACUUGUGGAACAGCUGGGUCUCUUGUGACUAUUUCUAAGGUAGAUGGGACUUCGCACACCUGCUCUUCUGAUACAAAAGCUUACGGCGCCGGCUCAACUCCAUUUUUCUUGACUUCUACGGUGAAGUAUGAAACGGAUUCAAACGCUUGUGUUUCAGGACUUCCCUCUCUUGUCUCGACUGCAGUCGCUAAUGUAGAUACUGGCUGCACGGCCACCACUGCGUGCACGGGAAGUGCUGCUCCGUAUACGGGCACUAGCUGCAGUUCUGUUGCCUCAUACCCCAAAGAUAUGGCCAAAGCAUUUGGUACAAGCCCGUAUGUGACUGUUGAAAAGUAUAGCGCUGGAAAACAGUGUGAUGUGACGGAGCUAGAAAGUAUCACAACGUAUCUGGCAGACGGCAAGUGUCAUGUGGCUGGAAGCUCUGCCAGUUAUGCAGCGACACGAUCUACCGAUGGAUCAGCAUUUAUCCAGCAAUACACAGACGUAACUUGUGGAGCGUUAGGAGCGAGUUUAACCGUGACUUCCUCGCAGACGGCAAAUUCAUGUGCUGCAAAUGGAAAUGGUAUCGUUGAUAUGAAAGUGUAUGGAUUUGGAAAGACAGCCGUAGUGUAUUCAUCUUCAUUCAUGUUCGACUCAAAAGCAGGUGACUGCCCGUCUGGAGUUCCUAGUUUUGUCUCGACAGUGAAAGGGGAUUCCACUGCCUGCAGUCCUUCGACGACUUGCUCUGGCUCAGCGGCGCCGUUCUCAGCAACCAAGUGCAGCUCCACGCUUUCGUAUAAGAAGGACAUGGGUGCUGCGUUCGGCGUUAAUCCGCAUAUUAUUGUGGAGAAAUACACUGCAGGACAGGCCUGUGCAGCCGAUAAGUUGACAAGUAUUAAGACAUAUCUGGCCGACGGCAAAUGUCAUAAGAUUGACGCAUCAGCGAGCUAUCGUGCGACGCGAAAAGCAGACAAUUCUGCAACCAUUCAAUCUUACACCGAUGGUGCGUGUGGAACCAGUGGAACAUUAUUGACAAUAACUGCGGCGCAGUCUACCUCGUGUGCUGCUGAUAAUAAUGGAAUUGUCGACACGAAGGUUUAUGGCGCCGGCAGUACUCCGCUGUAUCUGACUUCUGUCGUGAAUUAUGAAACGUCGACUAAUCUAUGCAAGUCAGGGCUGCCGUCAUUGGUUAAGUCCUCUGUUGUAAACGUCGAUACAUGCACGGCGACGGCAGCUUGCACAGGCGUCGCUGUACCGUAUUCUGGAACAUCGUGUAGCUCUACGCUAUCGUAUAAGGAUGAUAUGGCUGCUGCAUUUGGGUCCAACCCAUAUGUCAUCGUGGAGAAGUACGUCUCUGGUCAGAUAUGCUCAGCUGACAAGCUGACCGAUAUUACCACGUAUUCAGCCGACGGCAAGUGCCACAAAAUCGACUCAUCGACCAGUUACCGCGCAACACGAAAAUCGGAUAAUUCAGCAACUGUACAGUCUUACACGGACAAUGUGUGUGGAGCGGCAGGAACACUUCUUACUGUGACUGCUGCUCAGACCGCCAAUUCGUGUGCUUCGGGUGCCAAUGGUAUUCCUGACACAAAGGUUUAUGGUGGUGGUUCGACCCCGCUGUAUCUGACCUCGACAAUGACUUACGAUACGAAAGCCAACUUGUGUAAAUCGGGGCUCCCGGCUCUUGUGUCAUCAGCUGUCGUCGCUGUCGACUCUUGUUCGGCUUCGGCAGUCUGUACUGGGCAAGGAGCUCCAUACACUGGAACGUCGUGUAGCUCCACGCUGACAUACAAGGAUGACAUGCUUGCUGCAUUUGGCCCGAAUCCAUUUGUGGUGGUCGAGAAGUAUAAUUCUGGUCAAUCAUGUGCCGCAGCUGAACUAUCAUCUCUGACGGCAUAUAUCGCUGACGGCAAGUGCCACAAGACAGAACCAACCAAGAGUUACAUCGCAACGCGAACUACAGAUGGGGCCGUGACUAUUCAAUCCUACGUGGACGCAAACUGUGGCGCUGAGGGAGCGAAAGUGCGCGUGACACCCAAUACAGCCGGUACAUGCUCCUCCGACUCGAAAGUGUACGGCAUAGGUGUGACUGGUAUGACCUGGUCUACAAUCGCUAUUUCUGAUAGUAAGACGUGCGGGGCGCCAACUCAAAUGACUUUGACAAGCCAAUUCUCGUGUAAGGACGCCGGUUGCUUUGCUUUCGGAGAUCGUUCGAUUUCAUACACGUGCGCAAGUGAUUACAUUGUAGCUGCAAAGAAGACAUUCGGUACUUCUACUCCAUUCAUAGUGGUGGAGAUUUAUGAAGAUGGUGGUAAUUGCAACGUUAUGGAAGGGGUGAUGGCGUUUGCUGCUGACACGAAGUGUCACCUCACGAUCGACGGUUCAUCAAGUUUCACGGUCUCGUUGAGUACGGAUGGAUCUGGAACUAUGCUCACAUACGAUGAUAAGGAAUGUAAGGAUGGCACACCAUUCACGGCUCCAUUGACAAAAGAACAAUUGUCUUCACACCAGUGCAUUCGAAGUACAAAGUACUACGCAUUUAAUGCCCCUACACCACCAGUUGUGGCUCCAACUACUCAACCACCUGUUGUGCCUACGUCACCUCCUACGGAAGCACCAACACCGCCUCCACCAACAACGAGUCCAACAGGAAGUGGUUCGGCAAACACCGGCAGUACAUCUGAUGGAGCUAAACUUUCGCCAAUCUCUGCACUUUUUGCCACCGCGCUAUCGAUGCUGGGAUGGUUUGCUACCUUUUUGCUAUAA